AUGCCACUGAAACAUUAUCUCCUUUUGCUGGUGGGCUGCCAAGCCUGUGCUGUGGGCUGGGCCUACUAUGGCUGCCCUCACGAGUGCACCUGCUCCAGGGCUUCCCAGGUGGAGUGCACGGGGGCACGCAUUAUUGUGGUACCCACGCCGCUGCCCUGGAACGCCAUGAGCCUGCAGAUCCUCAACACGCACAUCACUGAGCUCAACGAGUCCCCGUUCCUCAACAUCUCAGCCCUGAUCGCCCUGCGGAUCGAGAAGAAUGAGUUGUCCCACAUCGCGCCCGGCACCUUCCGUAACCUGGGCUCACUGCGCUACCUCAGCCUCGCCAACAACAAGCUCCAGGUUUUGCCCGUCGGCCUCUUCCAGGGCCUGGACAACCUCGAGUCACUCCUCCUAUCCAGCAACCAGCUGGUGCAGAUCCAGCCGGCUCACUUCACCCGCUUCAGCAACCUCAAGGAACUGCAGCUGCACGGCAACCACCUGGAGUAUAUCCCUGACGGGGUCUUCGAUCACCUGGUGGGCCUCACCAAGCUCAACCUGGGCAAGAACAGCCUCACCCACCUCUCACCCAGGGUCUUCCAGCGCCUGAGCAACCUCCAGGUCCUUCGGCUGUAUGAGAACAGGCUUUCGGACAUCCCCAUGGGCUGUUUUGACGGGCUCGCCAACCUCCAGGAGCUGGCCCUGCAGCAGAACCAGAUUAGUAUGCUGUCGCCCGGCCUCUUCCACAACAACCGUAACCUCCAGAGGCUCUAUCUGUCCAACAACCACAUCUCCCAGCUGCCCCCCGGCAUCUUCAUGCAGCUUCCCCAGCUCAACCGGCUCACGCUCUUCGGCAAUUCCCUGAAGGAGCUCUCUCCGGGCAUCUUUGGACCCAUGUACAACCUGCGUGAGCUCUGGCUCUACGACAACCACAUCACCUCCCUCCCGGACAAUGUCUUCAGCAGCCUCCGCCAAUUGCAGGUCCUAAUCCUCAGCCGCAACCAGAUCAGCUACAUCUCUCCGGAUGCCUUCAGUGGGCUGGUGGAGCUCCAGGAGCUGUCCCUGCACACCAAUGCCCUGCAGGAGCUGGACGGGAACGUCUUCCGCAUGUUGGCCAACCUGCAGAACAUCUCCCUGCAGAACAACCGCCUCAGACAGCUCCCAGGGAACAUCUUUGCCAACGUCAAUGCUCUCAUGACCAUCCAGCUGCAGAACAACCAGCUGGAGAACCUGCCCUUGGGCAUCUUCGAUCACCUGGGGAAGCUGUGCGAGCUGCGGCUCUAUGACAAUCCCUGGAGGUGUGACUCAGGCAUCCUUCCUCUCCACAACUGGCUCCUAGUCAACAGGGCCAGGCUGGGGACAGACACCGUCCCCGUGUGUUUCAGCCCAGUCAGUGUCCGAGGCCAGUCCCUCAUCAUCAUCAAUGUCAAUGUCGUUGUCCCCAGUGUCCAGGGUACAGGGGUCCCCGAGGAGCCCACCUACCCAGAGACACCGACGUACCCAGACACGUCCAGCCACUCCAACACCACCUCCAUCUCCUCCACCACUGACGUCACCAGCACCACGCCGGCCAACAGCAAUCUGACCACCAUCGAGACCACUAGUAGCCCUCACACAGCGGGCAGGAGCGGGGUCGAAUUCGGGCUGGCCGUUGCUGCCAUUGUCAUUGGCAUCAUUGCCCUGGCCUGCUCCCUGGCUGCCUGCAUCUGCUGUUUCUGCUGUAAGAAGAGGAGCCAUACGGUCCUGAUGCAGAUGAAGGCACCCAAUGAGUGUUAGAGAGGCAAGCUGGAGACGGGGCUGAGGAAGGGCGGGAGCCCAGAGGAUCCGAGGUUUUAUUGCUUCACCUCCACCCCUGGGUCCACAGAGCCCUCCCCUGCUCCCCUCUAUCUGGUCCCCGAGAGAAAGGUACCCGCACCUUUUUCUGACCUGCCUGGUUCUCCUGUAGUAGAGGUUCUUGCAUAGCCUUCUUACCACCAGGAGAUCUAACCCACCAUGGCAAAAACCCUGCAGUGCUCCCAAUUCACACCCCUGGGCUUCUUCCAAGAAAGCCCCUCUUCUAAAACUUCACCAGCUCUCCUCCAAAAACCACCUUCCCUGCGUCUGUGCCCCUGCCAGCCUCUAUAGAC